UAUAUAGUCGUUGUGAAGGUCGGGAAGCCAAGUGAACGUUCGAGAGCCGGCAACCCUGGCAAGCGUGACAGUCAAAUCUUGUUGAUGCGGUACUUGAAUAGGGUGCACUUCAACGCACCCAUGUCCCCACUAGAGCUCAAGAUCUAUCAUCAGAUGCAGAAUGACCCUACAUUCUACGAGUGCAUUUUCACUGUGGACGCAGACACGUCUGUGACUGCAAAAUCUCUUAACCGUCUUGUGGCAGCCUCGGUAUCAGAUUCCAACAUAAUCGGUAUAUGUGGUGAAACAAGACUGCAGAAUGGGGGGUGGACCGUACACGAGUACUACAUCUCGCACAACUUGUCCAAAGCUUUCAAGAGUCUUUUCGGCUCAGUCUCAUGCCUCCCUGGAUGUUUCACCCUCUACCGCGUCCGCACUAAUGAUAAAGGCCGACCGCUUAUCAUCUCCAACCACGUGAUUGAUGAAUAUGCAGAUAAUAAUGUGGAUACCCUGCACGAGAGGACCCUGUUCUCCCUCGGCGAAGAUCGAUUCCUGAUGAUGCUGUUAACGAAACAUUUCCCCACCUUCAAGACCAAGUUCAUUCCGGAUGCAAUUGUGCCUACCAUGGCACCAGUAUCUUGGAGAGUACUAUUUUCACAACGCCGGUGUUGGAUCAAUUUGACCGUUCACAACUUGUGCGAGUUUGCUAUUCUUCCUGACCUCUGCAGAAUUUGUCGUUUCUCGAUGAGGUUCUUCAUCUAUCUCGAUCUGAUCGGUACUUUGGUGAGGUCCUUUCAAAGCGUCAAUUUGGCUUGGCUGAUUGUCGAGGCUGCUACUGGACAGUCUCCGUUCCCUCUGAUUUCUAUAAUCAUGUUAGCAGCGGUGUAUGGUCUUCAGGUGGGCUCUUAUCUUCCUAUCAGAAGAGAGUUCAUGCUUGUUGGAUGGAUGGUGGUCUAUCUCAUUUCGCGAGUUAAGCUGUUCCUUUACAGUUUCUUCCUGCUCAUAUAUUCAUUCUGGCGGAUGGAU